UUCCCGAGAGAAGUUAAAGCAUAUGGCCGGGUAUGAAGCAUUCCUGAAGAACCUUGGCAUUUCUUUUGAGUGGAGGAUAAACAAAGAUACAAAAAAGCUGGACUACAGAGAUUUAACUGGUCCAGAAAACUCAUUGUAAUGCAAAACAUUGACUUCCCUUCCCUUUUGCCAGGUGACCAAAAUAUAGAAAAACCGCAGCAGCUACGGAGUGAGUUUAUAGAAAUCAUUAGUGAUUUAAAACUGGAUUAUAAAACAGAUGAGUCAAUUGUACAACUUGAAGAAAAAAUUAAGGGCUGGUUUAAAAUAUUCUUGUCCCUAUACCAAGCCAAGGAUGUCACCCCUUAUAUGCAUGCCCUCUAUUCCCAUGUUCCAGAGUUUUUAAAGUUGUACAAAAAUGUUGCAUUUUUCAGUCAGCAGGGUAUAGAAAAAUAUAAUGAUGUAGCUUCAAAAAAUUACUUUAGAUCCUCUAAUCACAGAGAAAUUUCUGCUUUGAAACAACUACUAAAAAAAUACAGAGUUCAAUUUCUGGAAGCU